CCUCCUGCGGGGCCCGGAUGAAGAGUAACGCCAUUACCGCCGGAGCUGCCGAGAGCCCUAGCGGACGCGCACUGGACGCUGACCGGCCGCGCCAUGAGACUCCUCCCCCGCCUCCUGCUGCUGUUCCUGCUGGCCUUCCCGGCCGCCGUGCUGCUCCGCGGUGGUCCCGGAGGGUCAUUGGCUGUGGCUCAAGAUCUUACAGAAGAUGAAGAAACAGUGGAAGAUUCAAUAAUUGAAGAUGAAGAUGAUGAAGCUGAAGUAGAGGAAGAUGAACCCACAGAUUUGGCAGAAGAUAAGGAAGAAGAAGAUGUGUCUGGUGAACCAGAAGCUUCACCAAGUGCAGACACAACUAUCUUAUUUGUAAAAGGAGAAGAUUUUCCAGCAAACAACAUCGUGAAGUUCCUGGUAGGCUUUACAAACAAGGGGACAGAAGAUUUUAUUGUUGAAUCGCUAGAUGCCUCGUUCCGUUAUCCUCAGGACUACCAGUUUUACAUCCAGAAUUUCACAGCUCUUCCUCUGAACACGAUAGUGCCACCGCAGAGACAAGCGACUUUUGAGUAUUCCUUCAUUCCUGCAGAGCCCAUGGGGGGACGGCCCUUUGGUCUAGUCAUCAAUCUGAACUACAAAGAUUUGAAUGGCAAUGUAUUCCAAGAUGCUGUCUUCAAUCAGACAGUCACUGUUAUUGAAAGAGAGGACGGGUUAGAUGGCGAAACAAUUUUUAUGUAUCUGUUCCUUGCUGGCCUUGGGCUUCUCGUUGUUGUUGGCCUUCAUCAACUCCUAGAAUCCAGAAAGCGCAAGAGACCCAUACAGAAAGUAGAAAUGGGUACAUCAAGUCAAAAUGAUGUUGACAUGAGCUGGAUUCCCCAGGAAACUUUGAAUCAGAUCAAUAAAGCUUCUCCAAGAAGGCUGCCCAGGAAGCGGGCACAGAAGAGAUCGGUGGGAUCUGAUGAGUAAAUGUCCUCUGUGCAGCAGUUCAGUCUGUGCUUCCCCUGCCCUAAUGUUUCCGGCCACAUGGCCGUCAGUGCAGAGAAGCCGAACCGCCCUAGAAGGCAGCUGCUGCUUAUGUGUGGACUGGGCGGUCUGCGGCGAUAACUGCUGAAAGAGCACUGCUUCGUUUCCAAAGUAACAAAUUUGGGCUUUUUUUAAACCAUUAAACUGUGUGGGUGUGAAUGUCUGUGAGCAGCUGUCUUACGAGACUCAUUGUCAAACUACCUGAAACAUGCCUUUAGAAUGCUCAGCAAAACGCUGUUGCCGCUUCUCUUGUGAUAUUUUCUGAACUUUGUCCUCAAGCGCAAUUGCUAUUUGUCCAAAGUGUGGUUUCAGGUGUUCUACCAUGAAUUGCUUUGAGGAAAUAGUUUGUUUAUUUCUUGGACUCGAUCAGAUCCAAACUGAUGGCACAAACUGGCCUUUUGCUUGCUGUCUAUCACAGCUGUGUUGUAAAGGCACAGCAGGAGUGGCGGCGCUGUGAGCAGAGGCAUGUGGGGUAUUGGCUGCUCUUUACUCUGUGCGCAUCUUCAGGAACCCAACAGUGGAGUCAAGGAAUUUUGGAAUAUCUAACAACAAAAUUGUGAAACCUGACAAUUCUACUGACAGUAAUAUAGAAGUCCUAAUUCUAUGCUUGGUUUUGGUUUUUAAACAAAAAACUGUAGGUUGUUGUGUUGUCUGUUGUUCUGUGUGACCUGGGAGAGCUCUGGAGUAACCUCCUUUGUUUGCUUGCUUGUUGUCUAAACAGAGCAUUUUGUUCUUAGUAGAAAUAAUCUUAAGAAAAAUUGUCAUAGACCAAUGGCAUCACAUUUUAGGGGCAAGCAUACAUUUUAGUUAAUCCUAAUAUACAAAAAUUUUAUUUGGAAAUUUUUUAAGUAGUUAUGAGGUUUAUCUUUUAACCUGAUUUUUUGGAGCUUUUGACCUACUUUUUGUUAAUGUGAAGAUUUCCCAAAAUUCAAGCACUUAAGAUUUCAAGACCAAACUUAAGUUGGGUUUGAUAAAAAUCCCUUCAGUUACUUUUGCCUGAACUAGUGAACUGAGUUUGGCGUUAUUGUCAGACUUACUAGAAAUGAAAUAGUAUUGAGUGUGACUGGGUAAGAGGCUCCGCUCUGCUUUUAAGCCAUACUCCCCAUGUGUUAUAAGAAAAUAGUUAUUUCCGUGGCUCUCUUAUUCCUGGCCUCUUUUCAUUCUUGUUUUCUUGUGGUCCAAUCCCUUCCACAGACAGCUAAAGGAAAACAACAGAACAAAAUACACACAGAAACAAAACUUCCAAGCUGUUCUAUAUGUGAGCCAAAGCCAAUAAUGAUUAAAGGUCUUCUGUAAUUGUUAAUCACUCAUCCAUCCAGAAGGGGCUGAAGUGUCAAAUCGCCUGUAUCUGCAUCGCUGAACUGUAAAUCUUUAUUGCCUGUAAUAUAAUUUGUGUGGGUUUUUAAUUGAGCUGUAUAAUCAGUUUACUUUGAAAAGGUUCUUUGAGGCCUGCGGAACUGUGUGGUUUUUGACUUAAUGUAAUAGAGGAGACCUUUCUCAUUCUCAAGAAACAUUUUCCAGAACCUGUGACAAUCUCAGUUUGCUAAGUUACUGUAACAUGUUACAGUGAGGUGUGAGUAAUUAAAACCUUUAAAUGGCCUAUAGAGUUUGACUAAACACCCGAUAAAACAUGGGCAGUUGCAGAAACCACACUUACAGCUACCACUUUCUCAUCCCUGAGUAAGCCUUUAUUACCAGCUCUUUCGUUUCUGGGGCCCAGAUUAGAGCCUCAGGAGUAUAGAACAUAUUACUUUUUAGUGUAGACUGGGAAACCGUUGAAAACUUGAGUCCUCAGGUGCCAGGCGUCUGCUAUAGCAACAGUAGGUAUUUAGCAGAAACUAACUCCAUAAUGAAUGGAAUUUAAUUCCACACAUGGUUUGUUCAAGCACACUUAUAAGUAGUCUACUUUUAAAUGUCUCUUAAAAAUGUAAAUAUUUGGAUGAAGCUUUUCUUUGUUUCAAUAUAGCCAUUUGCAUCAUCAACCUUGGUUUCAGAAUUUAUCUUUUGGACAAGUUGGUUUCAGAAUCUGUUAAAUGGAUUUAAGGAUCAUGUAUAUCAAACUCUGUCACCCAGACAUUUGAGAACAAUGUGUCAUAAAGCAUG